CCGCGGGCGGGCAGGGUAGGGCAGGGCGAGCGGUGCCGAAGGUCGGCGAGCGGGGGACUAGGCGCCGAGGAUGUUUGUGGCGCGGAGCAUCGCGGCGGAUCACCGCGACCUCAUCCACGACGUCUCUUUCGACUUCCACGGGCGGCGCAUGGCGACCUGCUCCAGCGACCAGAGCGUCAAGGUCUGGGACAAAAGUGAAAAUGGGGAUUGGCACUGUACUGCCAGCUGGAAGACGCACAGUGGGUCUGUCUGGCGAGUGACCUGGGCUCAUCCUGAAUUUGGACAGGUCCUGGCUUCUUGCUCUUUUGACAGAACUGCUGCUGUGUGGGAAGAGAUAGUGGGAGAGUCAAACGAUAAACUCCGAGGGCAGAGUCACUGGGUAAAGAGGACCACACUGGUAGACAGUAGAACAUCUGUUACAGAUGUAAAGUUUGCUCCCAAGCAUAUGGGUCUUAUGUUAGCAACCUGUUCAGCAGAUGGAGUAGUGAGGAUAUACGAAGCCCCAGAUGUUAUGAAUCUCAGUCAGUGGUCACUGCAGCAUGAAAUCUCAUGUAAACUAAGCUGCAGUUGUAUUUCUUGGAAUCCUUCGAGCUCUCGAGCACAUUCUCCAAUGAUAGCUGUUGGAAGUGAUGACAACAGUCCAAAUAUUUUGGCUAAGGUUCAGAUUUAUGAAUAUAAUGAGAACACCAGGAAGUAUGCAAAAGCAGAAGCUCUAAUGACAGUCACUGAUCCUGUGCAUGAUAUUGCAUUUGCUCCAAACCUAGGAAGAUCCUUCCAUAUCUUAGCUGUGGCAACCAAAGAUGUACGAAUUUUCACGCUAAAACCUCUAAGGAAAGAACUGACUUCUUCUGGAGGAUUAACAAAAUUUGAAAUUCACAUAGUGGCUCAGUUUGAUAAUCACAACUCCCAGGUCUGGCGAGUGAGCUGGAAUAUUACUGGCACAGUGCUUGCAUCAUCUGGUGAUGAUGGCUGUGUUAGGCUAUGGAAAGCUAAUUACAUGGACAACUGGAAGUGCACUGGCAUUCUGAAAGGUAACGGGAGUCCAGUCAAUGGUAGUUCUCAGCAGGGCAUUUUUAAUGCUUCUUUAGGUUCAGCCAAUACAAGCUUCCAGAAUUCACUAAAUGGAUCAUUUGCUGGCAGGUAUUUCUUUCCCCCUCUGGAUUCCCCACGGGCUGGAUCAAGAUGGUCCAGUCAUGCCCAGCUCCUACCUCCUCCUCCUCUGAUAGAGCACUCUUGCGAUGCUGACACUGCCAACCUCCAGUAUCCUCACCCUCGCAGACGAUAUAUCUCUCGGCCUCUUAACCUUUUACCUGAGAAUCAAGGGGUUUAACAUAUGUUGUUUAAAAUAAACUCUAAAGGGCCUAUUUGAUGCUUGUAAAUGCUUACAUUUUCCAGCUGCUUUCAUUUUUCAUUUUUCCUUCUGAAGAUUUUCAAAAUUUGGGGGCUUUUUGCAUGUUUUGCAAAACAAACCACAGUAUUUGGAGUCUUAACGUUUAUGCUUGUGCAUCAAAGGAACACUAGCUUCAUUGUUCCAAUACCCUUUGAAUUCUGACAACACAGUACCAGCAGCAUUAAGUAUGAGACCUAUAUGCAGAGUAGUUGACUUCAAAAUGCCUGUCCCAUAUUUUUUGUACUCAGUUUGUUGUGGUCUUGAGUUUUUUUUUCUUUAUUUCUUUUUUUUUAAUUUUUUUUUUUUUUUUGUAUAUCACAUUGAUAUAUGUGAAACGUAUUGUCAGAGUUCAACAUGCUCUCAAGAAACUGUUCUGUAACUCAAGGAUCACGUUAGAAGUAACUCCUAAAAUAAACUGUUCCUGUGUAUACUGCAGCAAAAUGGUAAUUCGGAGUGUUUGGUCAUUUGAAGUUUCCACCUCACUGCAUAAGAUUUAAAUAUUUAAUUUUUUUAAAUUAUCAUCAAAUAGAUUAAUAAAAUGUAUUUUAAAAGA